AUGGCUACUCCCGGCGCUCAGGAUGUCUUCACGCCGGAUAACAUUCUCCAGGCAAUGUUGACGAUGCGCAGCCCUGACCGGGAGAAAAAGAAGGUGGCGAUGGAGUACCUGGACAAGUUUCAGAAAUCGAUGGAUGCUUGGAACGUUACCAUCGGCAUCCUCCAGUCGAGUACCGAUGCCGAAGCCCUGAACUUUGCUGCCAUCACUCUUAAGGGAAAGAUCACCUACGAUCUUUCUACACAGGUCGCCGAGGGCGACCUUCCAGCUUUGAGGGGCCAGAUUCUAUUACUUCUCAAAAAAUUUGCGCCCGGUCCCAAGCCCGUCAGGGUCCAACUAUGCGUCUGUUUGGCUAUUUUGGCGAUCCACAUGAAGGAUUGGAAGGAUGUGUUACAGGACGUUGGCAUGGCCCUCGGGAACGACCCGCAGAGCCACGCCUGUGUUCUAGACUUUCUGAAAGUGCUGCCGGAGGAGGUCACCGAAGGCCGCAAAAUCACCCUGUCUGAAGAGGAGCUGGCUCAGAGGACAACCGAGCUGCUAGGCAACAACGCUCAGCGCGUUGUGCAGAUGCUCAUCGACUAUGCGACGUCAUCAGCGGAGGCGGAGCAAAAUCCUCAAUUGAUGGAGUGUAUCACAUCUUGGCUCAAGGAGGUUCCUGUCAACGUCGUCGUGAAGACUCCACUUCUUGACGUUGUGCUCAAGGCCGUCCAUAAUGAGCAAUCUACGGAACCGGCCGCAGAAUGCCUCAGCACCAUCUGCAGGGAAACCCGCGAUAUCGAUGACAAUGCCGAGACGAUACAGAUCUUGCUUCCGAAACUCACAGCACUCCAGCCCCUGAUCGAGAAGGCAGUCUCGAACGAAGAUACAGAGUCGUACAAGGCCCUGACGAAGCUGUUUGCCGACGCGGGCGAUGCGUGGGUUAUCGCAAUUGCUCGCGAGCCGCAAACUUUCAUGCCGCUCGUCCAGAUCCUUCUCGAGUGUUGCGCCAGGGACAAAGAAAGAGACGUCGUUGAGUAUACCUUCAACUUUUGGUAUGAACUUAAGCAGUACAUCACACUAGAGAGGUACACUGCGGCCCUGAAUCACCUCAGGCCAAUUUACUCUGCGCUCGUCGAUGUUCUUCUUAAGCACCUACAGUUCCCUCAAUCGGAAACCGGCAACGAACUUGACCUUUUCGACGGCGACCGUGAAGUCGAAGAAAAGUUCCGCGAGUUUCGCCAUCGCAUGGGUGACACGCUGAAAGACUCUUGCGAAGUUUUGGGUGUCAAGGUGUGCCUCACCAAGGUUCUGGACGCGAUCAAGCUGUGGAGCAGCAACUAUGGCAGCACAGUGAACGGCACAAACGUGCCGCAUUGGCAAGAGCUGGAGGCGCCGCUCUUCGCCAUGCGUGCUAUGGGUGGAAUGGUCCCUGAGAGCGAAACUGAUGUCCUUCCAGAGCUCAUGGCGCUACUCUUCCAAAUUCCUGCUCACGAGAAGCUCCGUUUUGCUGCAAUUAUGGUCUUCUCCAGAUACACUGAGUGGACAGCAGCACACAAGGAAUUUCUGGAGCCACAGUUCAACUACAUCGUCACGUCAUUCUCGACCGAUUCCAAGGAGAUCAUUCGGGCUGCUGCUCAGGCGAUCAAAUUUUUCUGCACAGAUUGCAAGGACUUACUGAGUGACCAAGUCCUCCAGCUUCAGGCAUUUUACGACCAAAUUCUUGACAAGCUUCCUGAACUUAGCCAGGAGGAGAUCACAGAAGGUGUGGCCAACGUAGUGGCAGCCCAAAAGACAGAGGACAUUUACAAUCUGCUCAAGCUUUACUGUGACCCUCUUAUGGCUCGACUCAUGGCCAAGGCUCAGAACGCUACCACUCAGGAGGGGAAGUUGGCAGUCGCAGAUCACCUUCAGCUCAUCACCCUCUUUGUCCAGAUCGUCAAGCCGUACGCGGCAGACGGGCAGGAGAAUCCUGCGGUCAAGUACUGGCAGGAGAAGUUUAGCAUCUUCUCGACAAUCCUGGAGAACUCUCUCGACUUUGUACCGAUAUGCGAGAGGGUUUGCCGGUGCUGGCGUUUCAUGGUCAUCUCGUUCAGGACUUCAAUGCUUCCAAUCCUCCAGGAAGGACUGGCCGCAAGGUUGGUGGAGGGCUUCACGAGGUCCCGGCAGGGUUGCUUCCUGUGGGUGACCGGCGCCAUUCUCCGUGAGUUCUCCGAGGACCGCGAGCACGUCUCAGAUGCUGUCAUGGACUGGAUAUACAGCUUCUUCGACACUCAGGCGAGGAAUGUGCUUCAAGUCAUGAAUGGUCUUUCACCUGCCGAGGCACCAGAUGUCCUUGAGGACUUCUUCCGCCUCCUAACAGAUGCUCUCCUCUAUCAUCACCAGCGUUUGAUCCCAUCGGAGCUCUUCCCGGCAAUUUUCGAAGCGGCUCUUACAUCAUUGACCCUGCAACAGCGGGAGCCGCUAUCUGCGACGCUGCACUUCCUACGGGAUCUGCUUACAUAUGGGGGUGACAACCCGGCAGUCUCUACCAUACCACCUGGCGAGCCUUCACAGCACCUAAAGCAUAUUGUUCGCAACCAACUGCAAGCCCUUGGAGAAAAGCUUGUUGUGCGGGUGCUCAACGGAAUGCUGCACACUUUUCCCCGCGACUGCUUUGCCGACGGAAGUGGUGUGCUACUUGCGAUGUUCCAGGAGCUACCCACGCAAACAACAGCGUGGGUGGAACGGGCGAUCAGCACCUUGCCUGCCGGCUCCGUCAGUCCAGCUGAAGCCACACGCAUGAUGACAAAGAUUCAAGAGAAGCUCAGUGGCGAGGACCAGUCGCAAAUGAGGCAAGUUCGCGCGCUGCUGCAAGAUUUCACGGUCCAAUACCGACGACGAAACAUACAGCAACGUGAUGGGCUGGGUGAGGUGGACGAGGUAUUCAAUUUCAGUGGAUAA